UUUUUUAAGACAAUGAUUCAUCAUCCAAUGUGUAUAUAUAUAUAUAUAUAUAUAUUUACCGCGAACACCCAUCAGAAUAUUUCAAGCCAAGGAAAAAAAAAUGGAACUUUCCAAGCUCGAGCAACAAAAAACCAGAUCACUUUGCCAUGUCCUAGCCGUCCCUUAUCCCGGUAGGGGCCAUGUGAACCCCAUGAUGAACCUUUGCGAGUUACUACUAUCUAACCAAAAAGAUCAUAAUCUUUUUAUGACUUUUGUUGUCACGGAAGAGUGGCUAGGCAUAAUUGCAUAUCACAAUCCAAAAUUUAUUUCCAAUUACCAAAUACACUUCAGAACCAUACCAAAUGUUCUUCCGUCUGAGCUGGUUCGAGGAAAGGACUUUCCUGGCUUCUACGAGGCUGUUAUGACAAAGAUGGAAGCGCCCUUUGAACAGCUUUUGGACCAGAUUGAACCGCCUGUGAGCCUUGUCAUUGCAGACAUGGAGCUUCUUUGGGCCGUCCCCGCCGCUAACCGCCGGAACAUCCCGGUUGCCUCGCUUUGGACCACGUCGGCUUUGAUGUUUUCUAUGUUUAGUCACUUUGAUCUCAUACAAGCUCGAUGUUUCCGAGGUAAGGCCAAGCUGAAGAAGCACACAACGAAGGAGAUCGCCGCCACUGUUACCACGACUCGCGGGGGCGGAAAAGCCGGCCCUACCGACAGCUGCAACGCGAAGAAGGACGAUCAUGCGAAGUUUGAGUGUCCGCACUACAAGACUACCGCACCUGACAUUAAGUCCAUACAUAUUCUUUUCCUAUAAAUGGAUCUGAUUUUAUUCCGAACGUGUCCUGCUCGAUGCUCUACAACACCCUUCUAAGACCCAUACAAUCUAUUGUGUGCCGCUAGAUGUAUUGUGGCAUAUUUCAUCCUUCAAGUAAAAUUGGUCAAAUCCUUCCCUUUCUCUUUACAAGCUUUGCGAUUGAAUGCCGAUUUCUAAAGUGACGAAGGGGUAAGGAAUUCACGAUACCAACAAAAAGUGCCCUUUUAUUAAUGAUUGAUUAAACAAUUCAGAAUCAAAGAUAAGUUAAUAAUUCAU